AUGGCGGCCAGACGCAACAUUCCUUAUUCUGUUCUUCCUACGGAGGACAGGGAUGAGGACAAUAUUGACCGUCGGUUCACAUACACCCCAAAAUCCUUGAGGAGGAUCCCAUUGAAGUCGAUUGCCCUAGCAUUAUUCCUCCUCUUCCUGGGAAGCUCUCUUCUGUUCCUUCCGUAUUUUAUAUUCACAGGUCACAUGGAGGGUGAUAGCACUCAGGUGUAUGGUCUAUUGUUCCUGGGUAUCCUUGCCUUUCUUCCUGUGCAGUUUUCACCCAAAAACUGCCACCAUCAGAUCUUGAUCGAGUGGCGUGUGAGGCGGUUCGUUGGGGGUGUUCCUGGCAACCAUUCGCCAGAAUUUUAUGAGACCCGAGUUGCAUACUAUUCAUGGAGAGGAGCACCAGGGUACACCUUUGCGUCCAUUCCAGAUUAUUAG